AUGACCAGAAAUUCUCAUUUUGUUCAGUCGAAUCGAUGCUACCCUGCGGUUCUGAACUUAGUUUUCUUCUGUUUGAAAGUUUCUGUUCAGAACUUUCCUGGUAGGAAAAUUUAAAAUGUCUUCUGGAACUCUUCCAAUUGACUUCCGAUUUUUUGAAUUGUGAAACGCGAAUGUCUUUUACUUGUCUAUCAGUUUUAAUUCGUUUCUGUUUCAGAUAGGAAUGAUUGGCUGUCGUGCAUUAGUUUCAACAUCGUCGUCGUCAGUUUUGUGUCAAGCAAGACGCUCUUUGGCCAACCAGUUCGACCCUCUCGGCCAAAAAAACUCGCUCAGAAGGUUUUUUUCUUUAUUUUUUGGGCUUAUUUUGAAAUUAGGAUAUAAUUCAUGUAUGAAAGUAAGGAGAAAUCGUUGCAAAAAUUAGAAUUUCAUGCACAUGGACAAAAAAAAUAUCACCGAGUCUUUUUCGUUAGUUAGUAAGAGGUGCAAAAACACUCGAAAUACUUUUUUUUUGAAUUUGAAGGUGAGCGAAAUUUGAUUUCCAUUAUUUAAUCGUUUUUUGGAUUGAAAAAUAUAACCCUUUUUUGCGGUCAGGGAAUGGUUUCAGAAAAGUCAAUAACCAAAAGAAACGGUCGGAAGAAGUUUAUCCAAUGCGAAACCAAUAAUGUAACACAGCCUUACUAUUAAAUAAAAACUGAAAAAGAUAUAAUUUUUUUCUUAAUUUUAUCAUCUUGAGACUUUUUGAGCGUCUUCUUAUCAUUAUUUUUUUAUAAAAUAAUCCUCACUCUCCACGCAUAAAUAUUUUAUAACUUCUACAACAUAAAAGUUCGAGAUCAGUCAUAAAUAAAAGAAAAUGGAAACAUUUGAAAUGAAUUAAGAAAAAAUUGUCAGUUUUAGAAACGGGAAACCGAAAGUGGAACUCAGUACGCGACGACGCAGGACCACAAGAAAACCGUCCAAGAUUCGCGGUUUCAAGGCGCCGCUGAUGCUGGUCAUUUUUUUUUCAUUACAAACUUUGAAUUGAAAUAUUGAAAUAGUGAUAUUUUCCCAUUGAACUUUUUUCAGAUUCCGGCCAAACUCCAACGAAAUGGCAGCGAAGAUUUUUGGUCAUCACCCGGCUCUACAAAUCACAGGCUGAUAUUCCGACUUAUGUCCAGUUGGUUUUAUUUUUCUUUGCAUAGUUUUUUCACUAAUUCUUUAAAAUUCAGCUUUUCAUUGCCAGGGGGGUUUCAUGAUUAAAAUUGUAGAAGAACCAGAAAAAGACCUAUUUUCAGCUUUUCUUCUCACGAAUUUCGGUCUUUAUCGAAAAUGCAAGUGAUCUGCUUUUCCAAAAAGUAGAUUAAAGAAUAUUUCUGUACUUCGAUCAGGUUAUUUUUUAGUAUUUCUUGCAACUUUCAAAUUUAUUCAGUAUACAUAGAACAUUCUCUGCUUAAUAAUAGAAUAAUUAAAGUUUUUUUCACCGGUUCACGAAACUGUCGUUGAUCAAGAUCGGCGUGUAGAUCAUCUCCCCUGCUUUUCUUGUGGAGAUGAUAAUCCAAAGUUGUCGCGAAAAUUUUAGGCUUUUUAGAAGCUUAUAGAAGACAUUUGAUGAAAUAUCCCAAUUUAUUAUUCCGAGAUGCUAAACAAUGCUGGAAAUAUUGCACCAGGCACCUAGGGACUUUAUAAAGUGAACAAAACUGCUCUUACUGUGCCUCAAAAUCCCCCAUUUCGCAGCAACGGAACGAUGAACCGAAUGCACGAUCGGAUGCGCGUCGUCUUCAUUGUCGUCGCGACUUCCGUCUUCUUCACGAUCUUUUUCAUCAGCGAAAGGCUCAAUUUCGCGAGAAUCGACCGUGACCGAAAGGCCGGCGUCGUCGUCACCAAAAUGUAAAUCGCUCACGAUUUCCUCAUCCCACUAGAACCUUUAUUCUUGUAAAUUACCCCUUUCUUCCGUUAUUUUCAUUUGUACAGGUAAUUGUUAAUAAAUUAUUAGAUCCAUUAUUGUCUUUUAUCCUUGUUUUUGUACAAAUCCUUUCAAGGACGGCUAUAUCUUUUUUAUUGUUGAAAAUAGAAAUAGUGUUAAUUUUUGACAGAAACACUAUGGGCAUCUUUCGGAAAGUUUUGAUGUCAGCGGCCGGCGUCCAAGAACCGCCAGAGGUCGGUUGCAAGCGUUUUCAAAACGUGACAUCUUUAAUUGAUCAAUUUUCAGUUGCCAAAGAAAGGCUCUUACGAGUGGAAAAAGCAAAAUCUGUCGGCUGAACAAUUGGCCCGAACAAUGGACAAUCAGGAUAGAUAUAGUGGGGUGAGAGUUUUUUUCAAGUUUUUUGCUUCCUGUGUUCUUCCUUUGUCACUAUCCAGAUUGUGACAAUAUUAGAAUAAAGUCCUCACUUUAUUAGAAAGAAAGUGUGUUGACAGGUUUUUGUUUCAAGCUAAUUGUGAACGGCGUUUAAAAUGGAUCAAAAAAGAUAAGCUAAGAAUAUUUAUUUGAGAUUACUCAGUAUUAAUUUACGAAAAAAAUGAUAAAAAUAUAAGCUAUACAUUCAAAUGUGUGGAAUAAAAGAGAAACGAAAAAAAAUUCUUCUUCAUAACAAGCGUUUUCAACUUUUUUGUAACAAUAAUUAGUGAUUUUCACAUUUCAAAAACCAAAAAUGACGGAGUAGCCUUGAACAUUUAUCAUGUAGAAGUUCUCAUUGUUCCAAUUAGGAAAAAUUAUCGAAAAAGCUAAUGUAAAAUGAAAAAAAAAACAGGAGUCUGAACUGAUUUCGUUCACAUGGCCGACGUAUUUUGCCAAAUGGUGGUGAAACUUUUCAAAUUCAUUUUUCUUAAGCCCAUUCUUCCUGUCUUUAAAAAAUUAUUUUUCCCAAACUCCAAGUUUAUAGCGCGAACUUCUCAAAAAGCUUCAAUUUCUAGGUGCCAGCGAUCCCGACAGACAUUGCCUAUUCGCCUGGCAAGGAAAUCGGCGGACAUAAGAAAUCGGGAGUUCUGAGCAACGCGACGAGCAAUCCCGGCGUCAUCAUCGGCUUGGGUCUCACGACAGCCGCUCUUCUCGGCAUGUUCAGGUACAAGACUUUUCACGAAAAAAUAGCUCAGAUCUGACCACUGCUCACAAAAAACCGUAGCAUUUCACAAUUUCGAACAUAAUUAAUAUUGAUUGUUGACUUUCAUCUCUCAUUAAGUUUCUUUAGAAUUAUUUUGAGAAAAAAACAAGGAUUAAUUAGCCUUGUUUGAGAGUCAUGAACUCGUCUGCGCGUUGGAUUUCUCUACUCGACCGACCGAAUCGGAUCGCAUCGCGACAGAUGAGAAAAGUACAGAAACCACCCGAAGAAGCGACGGAAACGAUUCCCGACGCUCAGUUCCAAAAGGCGCUCUCCGUUGAGGAGGAAAACAGAGAAGUGCAGGAAAAGCUUAUUGAAAACGUUGAUUUGGUGCCUUCUGAAAGCGCCCAAACUUCUCCGGUCACGCCGAAAAUGAUUGCCGAAGCUUCGAAAUUGAAAAAAGAAACAGGAAAAGCGACUUUCCGUGAGAUCAGUUACGAUGGAGACGAAUUCGCCAGUUCUUCUUUUGACCAGCCUCCUUCUCCUGAAAAUCCGCACAAAUUCGACGCCAGCCAACUUCCACCCGUCCAUUCCCACAGCUUGACGCCUUUCGUCAACCAUUUCCCUCUUUUGCGGACACUCAUCGAUCUAGGAGUUGAUCUUUUCGAGAUCGAGACGACUACCAACGUCGGCCGUCACUUGCUGAAGCUUCAACCCAACGAAGUCAAGGAGAAGUUGAACUGGCUCGAGUCGAUCGGCUUCGAAGCUGCGGAUAUUGGCGAAUAUCUCACCAGGAACCCGUACUUUCUGCUUCAAGAACUCAAGGAUAUGAAGAUCCGCACCAAUUAUCUCGAGGUGAAGAAAUUCACUCCCACAGAAGUCAAAACGGUCGUGAAGGGCUAUAGAUUCUGGCUGAACUGCGAAGUCGAGUUGAUCGAUUCCCGUCUGGGCUGGAUCCAAAAGGAAUUCAGGCUGAAGGCGAAAGAAGUCCGCGAACUGAUUGUGAAGGAGCCGCGGAUCGUCAUGUUUGGGAUUGGUCCACUUCAGAGGAUGCUCCAGAUGCUGGGAAAGGAACUUCUCUUCAGUCACCAAGAAGUCAAAAGGAUUCUCUUCACUGACCCGAGAGUCUUCAUGAUGGAUCCAAAGGCCGUUCUGAGGAACUACCGGUACUUGAUUGGCGUCAUGAAAAUGUCCAACGCGACCAUCUCUACUCAUCCGAUUUCUUUGAGAUCGAAUUACAGCUCGAUCCGCACAAGACACGAGUUUCUGAAGAAGUUGGGACGGGCGAAUUAUGAAUCAGCGGAUGGAACUAAUCUGGACGCCGACUGCGACGUCAUCAAGCUGGAGACGUUCUUCGACUCUUCAGACAGAAACUUUGCCAUUUCCGCUGCCAGAACCUAUCCCGUCGCCUACGAUGACUACCUUCGGAACUGUUAGAUGAUUUCAUAAUUUUAUUUUGUUAAAUUUGUUAAUUUGUUAUCUUUUGCGGGUGUAAAGUUUCAAUUGUACAAAAGUUUUUCCACCUUGAUACUCCCUGAUAGUUAGUUCAUUUACUGUUCUCUUUAGAUUCAAGCCAGAAAUUUGAAAUUUAUACAAUUGCUCCCAUUAACUUAAAUAAUAUUGUUCUUGUUCACUUUCUGAGGUAAAAAAAUUUUUUUCGAUAAUGUUUAUUUUAUGAGUUUUUUUAAAAAAGAAGAAGAGAAUAUAAAUGUAUCAAAAACUUGAUAUUAACGAAUUGCUUUGUGGUAUUUGGAGGUUAUAUAACUUUUGGUCCGCUAAUUUUAUUUUGAAAACUCUGGAAAAAAAUUUUUGAGUAAAUUUUCGAGGCUUUUGUGCUUUUUUAUUGUUUUGCUCAAACGGCUUAUGAAUAUAUAUACUUUCUUCAAGUGGAAACAUUUAAAACUGUAUUGUCAAAAUAUUUGUAUUGCAUGCGCUGUUUGAUGGAAACAAACAUUUCGUGUUAAUAGGCGAGAGGUGCAUUUUAAAUUUUGGCAAAGGCCGAAGCGACGUCGGCCGUGACCCCUGAACGUGUGUUUCUUGUAGGCGGGCCUUUGGCGACCAAAGAACCAACGAUUGCGAACCACUGACCCUUCAUUAUGGAUUCUUUGUCCCUUUCCCAGUCCUUCCACGGCGAUUCUUCUUGUUUACCGAUUCAUUAUCGAACGUUCUUCUUGAGGCAGAUUCCGUUCUCUGAUGAUUGUUUUGUUGGUUCUUGGAGUUUUCAUCUUCUUUUUUUUGCUUAUGUUUUUGCUUCCUCUGAAAGCUUUCUGAGCCCGGAUUUUCGCUUUUGGAUAAAUUUAGCUUUUUAUCAGUUUUUUAAACAUUCAAAAAACGGUUUAAUUCGUGUAUUUCGAAAUAUUUCUCUUAAGUUUUUUGAGAAAAAGAUUGUGAGCAGUGGCAGGUGUUUUGUAAAUAUUCGUGAGCCAACAAAAAAAUAGUAUUUUUUUUCGAAUGCAUAAAAAGUUAAAAAAAUAAUCAUUCCACUUCAAAAAGUGAAAAAGUCUUAGUUUUUUUGUUGUGUCAGUAAAAAAAUAAUAUGUUGUAUAUUGCUAUUUUUUUAGAUUCUUGUUUUUCAAAUUUAAAAAAAUAUUUAAUCUUCGAAAAAAAUCUUGCCGUUAAAAAGGCCAAAAAAAUAUCUAUCAUAUCUAAAUAUCUAGCUCCGCGAGGUUUUUUUCUCAGAAACUUAUAAAAAAACUUUUUCGAUUUUUUUGUAUCUAGAUGUUGAUGCUUUAAAAAAAAACUGAGAGUCGAAUGUCGAUUUUUCCGGAAAAUUCAGAUCGUCGUUCCUCGGCGACAAACUCGGCGCUCAGAAAAUGAUGCAGUAUCGCAUCAUGGCGCAGUUUUUCACAGUGACGGCCCUCGUCGCAGGUGUCACCAUAUUUGGAGCGACCUACGAAGACGAAAAACAGCCUGCUCAUAAUUGA